GAUACUGCAAAAGCCUUCUCUUCUCCACAACCAUAUCCCAUUUUCGUUAGCUUUCUCCAAAUUUUUUUGCGAGAACGAGAAUGGGUUCUAUUGGUUUGACAAAGAAGCCACAUGCAGUUUGCAUACCAUACCCAGCUCAAGGUCACAUAACCCCAAUGCUGCAAUUAACCAAACUCCUCCACUACAAGGGCUUUCACAUAACCUUUGUGAACACCGAAUUCAACCACAGACGCCUUCUUAAAUCCCGAGGUCCCAACUCUCUUGAUGGCCUCCCAUCCUUUAGGUUCGAAACCAUUCCUGAUGGCCUCCCUCCAACAGAUGCCAAUGCCACCCAAGACGUAACCGCUCUAUGCUUUUCCACUAGGAAAAAUUGCUUAGCACCCUUCAGAGACCUUUUGUCAAAACUCAAUUCUUUGCCCGAUUCCCCUCCAGUUACUUGUAUAGUUUCUGAUGGUGGCAUGACCUUCACUCUUGAUGCAGCCCAAGAAUUGGGCAUUCCGGAAGUUAUUUUCCAGACUCUAAGUGCUUGUGGCUUGAUGUGCUACGUUCAGUGUCGCCCUCUCAUCGAAAGGGCCUUAAUACCUCUUAAAGAUGCUAGCUAUAUGACAAAUGGGUAUUUGGAUACUGAGAUAGAUUGGAUACCAGGCAUGAGAGGUAUCAGAUUGAGGGACAUCCCAAGUUUCAUCAGAACCACAGACCCAAAUGACUUCAUGCUGGAUUUUGUAUUGGUUGAGAUGGCACGAGCUAAAAGAGCUUCUGCCAUAAUUUUGAACACGUUUGAUGCAUUAGAGCAUGAAGUUUUAGAUGGACUAUUGACUUUGCUACCACCUGUUUAUUCUGUUGGACCCCUACAUCUACAGCUUAAUCAGAUCCCAGCAGAUAACGAGUUGAAGUCCAUUGGAUCAAACCCAUGGACAGAAGAACCAGAGUGGCUUGAAUGGCUUGACUCUAAAGAACCUAACUCUGUGGGUUAUGUCAACUUUGGAAGCAUCACAGUCAUGACAGCUGAGCAGCUGAUUGAGUUUGCUUGGGGACUUGCAAACAGCAACCAGACCUUUUUUUGGGUGAUCAGGCCUGACCUUGUUGGUGGGGAAGCAGCUGUGGUUCCACCAGAGUUUAUGCAAGAGACCAAAGAAAGGGGUCUAUUGGCAAGUUGGUGCCCUCAAGAACAAGUUCUGAGCCACCCAGCUGUAGGAGGGUUCUUGAUACACGGUGGUUGGAACUCUACCCUUGAGAGUUUGUGGGGGGGAGGGCCCAUGAUAUGUUGGCCCUUCUUUGCCGAGCAACAAACCAAUUGUAGGUUCUGUUGCAAAGAGUGGGGCAUAGGCAUGGAGAUAGAGGGGGAUGUUAAAAGAAACUACGUAGAGGGGCUUGUGAGAAAGUUAAUGGAGGGAGAGGAGGGCAAAGAGAUGAGGAAGAAAGCCUUGGAAUGGAAGAAGUUGGCAAAGGAGGCCACCACUGGUCCAAAUGGGUUAUCUUUUGUGGGUUUGGACAAAUUGGUUAACCAGAUGCUUCUAUCUCCGAGGAAUUAGACAUUUAGAAUUGAUUCAAAAUCUAUCUUGUUUUUACUUUGUAUUUGUCCAAGAAGUUUACCUAUUAAGCUUAAUAAUGCUUGUAUCACGAAUUCAUUUUUCAGGUAUGCAUUUACUUAACAUCGGUCCAAUGUAAAAUGAAGUCCAGGGCAAACGUAAGUGGCAUCGGUUACCACAUUGAUGCACGAUACCAAAGUUUCAUGGCCAUCUAACAUAACUAAAGAGCUUGACAUAACCAUCUUACGCUAGUCUGCCUAAAUUCCUGCAUUGGACUUCCUUACUGUGCAUUCUUAGGUUAAUACACCAAGAUUAUCUUCUUUUUACACCCCCCCUCCUUCUCCU